AGUGAUAAAGCAAUUCCAUGCACUACACCUAUCUAUGGCGGUUUCAAUCAUGAUGGUGUCGUCGACAUUCAUGGUCAGCUCAUGCAAGGGCCACAAAAUGGUUUCGUCGUCGAAUUUCCAUCCCGAGAUGGUAUUGCGCUGCAUAUGUCAGUACGUAUGGGAAUGCAUGGAGGAGAUCACUGUAUCGUCCUGAACAACUUGAGAGCUGGAGCAUGGCAAAUCGAAGAACGUCAUCAGAAUGUGUUCCACUUCGGACAACGAUUCCAUCUACAAAUUAAAUGCCACCAGAGUCAUUAUACGUUCCACGUGAAUGGCCAGCACGUCGCUCACUUCUAUCAUCGCGAAGAUCCUCAUCAUGUAACAGCCCUCAAUGUCAGAGGAGACCUUGAAGUGAGCAAAAUUCAUUUCGAACAUUUUAUCGGAAUGAAUGGAGGAGGUGUGCAAAUAGGUUCAGGUGUUGUCGUGGCUCAGGUGCCACCUCCUCCAGCGCCUGUCGUUGUAGUAGCACCAAGACCCGCUCCUGUCGUUGAGGUUGUGAUGCCUCCACGUCGACCAAUCGUCGAAGUUGUUGUGCCACCUAGACGUCCUAUCAUUGCACCGGUCGGUAUUUUUUAA